AGUCAGGUGACAGAUUUUUUUUUUUUUUUUUUUUUAAACUCUUAUUUUAAUAAACAAAUACCAGGAAUUCUUGAUUUUAAUGCACUCGACGGAGGAGUCAUCUCCCCACAUCUGUGAGGUGACAGUUACGGUUUUGUCUGCAGCAGGAUGUUGGAAGAAGUGACUGCCGUGGUGAGGUUUGCCGUCUAUGGUAACGGAAGCACAUCUCUGCCACCAGCGUUUGAGAACACUUCUUCAGUGCCACCAACGUUGCACCCUGACAGUGGAGCAAACAUCACCAAGCCUCACCAGUGUCUCCAGAUUCUCUAUGAAGAUAUCGGAGACUCACGAGUCCGAUUUUGGGAUCUGCUGCUGCUGGUCCCAAAUGUGGCGUUCUUUAUGUUUCUGCUGUGGAAACUGCCAUCCGCCAGAGCCAAGAUACAAGUUACAUCCAGUCCCAUCUUUAUCACCUUCUACAUCCUGGUGUUUGUUGUGGCCGCAGUGGGGAUCACCCGUGCCAUAGUCUCCAUGACAGUCAGUACUUCAAGUGUUGCUACCAUCAUUGAUAAGGUUCUGUGGGAGAUCACGCGAUUUUUCUUGCUGGCCAUUGAGCUCAGUGUCAUUAUACUGGGACUAGCCUUUGGUCACCUUGAAAGCAACUCUAGUAUAAAGCGAGUUUUGGCCAUCACCACUGUGUUAGCACUGGCUUAUUCCAUUACCCAGGGGACUCUGGAGAUUCUGUAUCCUGAUGCUCACCUGUCCGCAGAGGACUUUAACAUCUAUGGUCAUGGAGGAAGACACUUCUGGCUCGCUAGUUCCUGCUUUUUCUUUCUGGUCUAUUCCCUGAUUGUCAUUCUUCCAAAAACUCCUUUAAAGCACCACAUAUCUCUUCCAUCCAGGAAGAGUUUCUACUUGUAUGCUGGGAUUCUGUCCCUGUUGAACCUGGUUCAAGGCCUGGGCAGUGCACUUCUCUGUGCAGAGAUCAUAGAAGGACUUUGCUGUGUUGACGUGACCACCUUCCUCUAUUUCUCGGUUUUUGCACCUCUGAUUUAUGUGACAUUCCUUCAAGGAUUUUUUGGGUCUGAGCCAAAGAUCCUGUUCUCCUACAAAUCUCAGGUGGAUGAGCCUGAUGACACCGAUGUGCACCUGCCGCCUACCUUUGGUGUGGGGAAGAAAGAUGCCUUCGAUUCCUACUCCAGCACGCAGAUCGACAGCUCUGGGGCCUACCUGGACGAUGUUGCCUCUGCUCACUACCCCGUCGGCAGCAUCAACAGCAUUGACAGCGACCGCUGGAGAAUCAUGAAUGCCUAGAACUACUUGUAACCUGCAAGCACUGGGGGAAGACCGAGGAGGUUGGGACGGGAGACCUCCCCCUGGCCUUGUUUUCACCGCAGACAAUUUCAGUCAUGGAAUGUUAGAAGAACCUGUAUAGGAUUUUAUAAAUCCAUUCAUGAACAUACAUGUUCCCCCAUCUCGGAGCUUCCUGUCUCUAAAGAGAUGCCAUCCGAGUUUGCUGGCCUGUGAUUCAUAACACACAUUAGUGCAUUGGCUUUCUUAACAGCUGGAAAAAGAAAAAAGUUUAGGAACUGUGCAUUUUUGUGCAUACACAUUCCCAUUUAGAUUUGCAACAGUCUAAUCUGUGCCUGUCUGCUGUAGAAGUUCUUAGGAGAAAGGUGAGCCCGAACUUCGGCUGGUUUCAUUGUGUAGCAAACCAGGUGUGUUUUUUAGUAGGUCUAAUUUGCAUCAUCAUUUGGAACUCUGCCCUAAAGAAUGGGACUCCUAUUCAAUUAAAUGUUUUUUUUAAUAUAUUUCAUGGUAAUGCUUUAUUGCAUUGUUUGAUUUCUAUUUAGAAGAUGGAUGAGAUUCACAGUAUAAACUUUGCUAUUGGCUCCUGUUAUGAUGCAGAAGACGGGUGCAUUCUUAUUCUUGAACUACAGAAGCAUGAUUAUAUUUCUGUAAAAACAGGGUCAAUGGGGUGAUCAUGGUAUCAAGAGAGCUGCUAUAUUGGAUGUUCAUUGCCCACUCAUAUUUGCUUGGGCCUGGAUCCAGAUCUUUGUGAUUAUCCACAGUACUAUCACUAUAAUCAGUAUUGUGGGUGGCAGUGUGAUCUAAGGGAGAUUUAGUUUAGAAUUCUGCUCAGAUUUAAAAUAUAGCUUAACCAUCUUGGCCAUAGUUCAUGGUGGUGUUGAGGACCAUCUUCCUCAGGUACUAGGGAAAGGGGAACGACCACCACAAGCACUGUAAGCGGGAGAUGGCAUUAGGGACCUGUCCUGGGAGGAAAAAACACACACACAAUCAAAUGACUCCAGUCAUUAGAUAAAAAAUGUCCAUGGUGAUAAGUACAGUCAAGCCAUUUUAAUAUCACUAUUAGGAGUUCUUCAGUUACCUGGUAAAAUAAGCAUUAAAACACAUAAUAAUGUUAAUACAAACACACCUAUUUUGCUGUGGAACUUUAAAUGUAGUUAAUGCAGGUAGAGAUACCAAUUACAAUCGGCUUCCUUUAAUUAAAAAAAUAAAUAAAUAAAUUCUAAACUGUACAACACAGUUGUAUAAUAAAUGCUUUUAUUAUGCUGCUAUAGUAGAACUUUUCAAAACUGUAAUGGGACUUUCAAAACCAUGCUUUUAUUUUCCAAAGUGAUAUUACGUGGGGUGGAAAUCUGAUUUAUGGCUGAUAAAAGUGUGAUAUUAAAAGAAGCAUUGACUUCAGUUUGAUUCUGAUUAUAAGCUGAUAUUAAAUGGGUUUGACUGUACAUAUACUGCAGGUAUACUGUAUGUCAUUCCAACAUUUAAAAGGUGCAAUAACUUUGAAUUGGCAACACCAUAUUCUUCCCAAGAUAUUCCCCUUAAUAGGUUGAGGAUUAGGAUGUUGCUAUAGAGGAAUGAUGUUUUUUGAGUCCUCGGACUAUGAAAUAUUUGAUUAAAGUAACAAUUGUGUGACAUGUAUCAACCUUGAGCCCUGUGAAUUUUUUUUUUUUUUUCAAAUAAAUCUUAAUACAAAAUACAUGUCUCUGUUGCUUGGCAGUGAUAAGAAUCGUGUGUUCUUUUAUGGUUCCUUUCCUCAUCAGACAGAUUUGGACCCUGUGAAAUGUUAAUGAGAGGGAAUUGCUGUAGAAUUGGUGAAAAGCCAGUCACUCCAGCUCAGAUUUCAGACAAGUGAAGCACAUAGCUAACUGAAGACCCAGACUAAAUCAGUGAAUGAAAAGACUCCUCAUUAUCUGCAGUCCCUGUAUUUCCCAUGUGUAGUAACAAUACAGAUGUUGAUUCUGGAUGCAAUCAGAGUAACAUGACAGCAUGCAUUGAGUAGUGUUUUUGUUUUGUGGGGGUGAGGUUGGUGGUUGGGGGGG